GUGACCGCUUCUAAUUUCGACUGACAUGGCAACGCAAGGACAUGGAACAAUUUGUGGCCAACAGUUAGCAGACACCCUUCCCGUUGGCGUCGCUGUUGUCAAUCCCUCCGACGAGAUCGUCUUCAAGAAUCGGCGCUUCCAGGAACUCACAGCAGGCCACUUGACGGUCGGGCUCGACUGCUUGGCGCAGGGGGUAAACGCGGACGACUAUGAACAAUUAGCCGAUGCAUACCGCGCCUCGCUACGAUUGCGCGCAGAGAUUCGAAGGGAAUACCGGGUGAAGAAUCAUACUGAAGAAUGGCGGGCGAUGUCACUUACGCCGCUGAAAGACAAAGAUUUGGACCAGUUUGGCUUGGGGGAUAAAGGAGGCUCGAUAUGCAUGAUCAGCGAUAUCACGCCGGAGAAAACUGCGGAGCUCCUGCAGAGGAAGAUUGCAGACGAUGCAGAAGAACGGAAACAGCAGCAAGAGCGGUUUAUCGAUAUGAUCAGCCAUGAGGUUCGCAAUCCGCUUUCGGCGAUCCUGCACUGUGCAGAGGAUAUUAUGGACGUUGUGGCCGAGGAUGUGCCAGAAGAUGCAAAGGCGCAGAUGGCGAGAAUAGCCGAAGCCGCGCAGACGAUCAACCUUUGCGUUGCGCACCAGAAGAAGAUCAUUGACGACGUGCUGAUAUUCUCCAAAUUGGACGCCUCCAUGCUGACCUUGUCACCGCGACAAGUUCAGCCCAAGUCCCAUGUGGCGACAUUGCUCACCAUGUUCAAGCCCGAACUCCGAAAGCAACGAAUCGAUUUUCGGUAUCAGCUCGACAGGUCUUAUGCUGAUCAAGGGCUUGACUGGGUUCUGGCGGACCUUGACAAAAUGGGCCAAGUUUUGAUCAACCUGGUCUCCAAUGCGAUCAAAUUCACUGCCCAAGCCGAAGGCGAGAGAACGAUUCGAGUCUCGAUGGGUGCUUCCAAAUGCCGUCCACCGUCAUACCCGCCAAACGUUGUCUUCUUCGAGCCGAAUGAAGAGGCAUUAAAACUCGACUCGACCCAGGACCCGGAAUGGGGCCAUGGCGAGACGGCAUAUAUAAUGCUCGCCGUCAAAGAUACUGGAAUCGGCAUCAGCGAUCAGCAGCAAAAGAUGUUAUUCGAGCGCUUCAAGCAAGCGACCCCCCGAACGGAACGGAUAUACGGCGGCUACGGUCUUGGACUGAACAUCAGUCGAAGACUUUGCCAUAUGCAUGGUGGUGAUAUUGGGGUCAGCGCUAAAGAAGGCGAAGGGAGCACGUUUGGCUUCUUCUUUUCCGUCCGACUAUCCUCUGAAGAGCACCCUCAAUCUUCAGUAGUAUCCAACAGAGAGGCGUCUCCAGUCGAUGAACUAUGUUAUCAAAUCAAUGAGCUUAAUAGCAAGAUUCCGGACGUGAGGAAUGACACGUCGAUGGCAGACUUCGAUGAAAAACCAACAGUACAACAAGUCAACGAGGUCACCAACACUCCCAGCGACGAACGCAAGCAACAUUCACUAAAGCUGGCAAAGGAAGUCGAUGAGAACCCCGGCUCAUCUACUGAUGCGCAAAAGUGGGGUAGUAAUGUCGAUGAAUUCGCGUCAAAUCAGGAGCCCGGUGCGAUAGCCACCAUGUCGAAGCUCGUCAAGGGCCCUCGCGUCCUCUUCGUCGAAGAUAACGUCAUAAACCAGAAGGUUGUCUGCCGCAAACUAAGGGUAUCUGGAUUUGAGGUGACGACGGCCAACAACGGUCAAGAAGCGCUCGGCCUGUGGGAUAGUGACAAGUUCGACUGUAUUUUAAUGGACCAGGAAAUGCCGGUGAUGGAUGGGAAUACGGCGACGCGGGAGAUUCGAGCCAUGGAAAAGGAAAAGGGCUCGCAUAUUCCUAUCCUAGGAGUUACUGCAAAUGUCCGACAGGAUCAACAAGCCGAUAUGCUCAAUGCUGGAAUGGAUGGAAUCAUCCACAAGCCUUACAAGAUGCAUGAGCUGUGCGAGAAGAUCCACGAUAUGCUGCCUGAGGCAUGA